AUGCCUCCGGCUAUUACUACACGAAGUAUUGCUAAGAAAAAAGAACGCCCUUCUUUACGAUACUCCGAGUCCAGCGAUGAAGGCUCUAAUAUUCAGCCCCCUUGCACGAAGAAUAUGCUGGUGAAGACUCAAUCUCUAGACAUAAAGAUGCUAUCUUCAAUAGAAUCAGAUGGGGAAAACGACGACCAAACGUCUGUAAAUUAUCAGGAGAAUCUGGAGAGAACAGCUCUUGGCAAUAGUGUUGAGAGAAGGGACAGUGCCGCAAUGUCCAAGGACGUUUCCUCAGCAGAGGAUGAAACCAGCAAUCCAUUCUCCAACAAAUACCCUCUAUCUCAACAAGUGUUUGAGCUGGAAAAGAGAGCACAAGAAUUACAAGAUAACUGCGAGUUCUGGAAGAAAAAGAGCCUUGAGCUUACCUUGAGCUUGGAGGGCUUGACGAAACUGGUAAAAAUAGAGAGAUCUGAUCACGAAGCAAAUCGGAAAAGCCUCGAGGCCGCCAACGAUGCCCUGACCAAACAACUCGAGCAAGAAAAAAACAAAUUCAAAGAGCUGCAGGCCAAGAACGAAAGCCUGUCCGGGGAGAAAGCCAUGCUCGCCAAGAUGCUCGAGGAAAAGACGUACGAAUCAUGGAUAUUCCGCUGCGCCGUCGCCGUCGUCUACAAGGCCACGCCAUCUGCUAGAGAGCGCGUCUCAAUGCGACAGCUCAUCCGCGACGUUUUUGCUCGCCUCCAUGAAAAUUACCAACGAGGUCGUGAGGCCCAGGAGGACGCUGGCGCUCAGGAUCAGAACAACAAGAACAACGGCAAUCAGGUUUCUGAGCAAGCUGCCGAAUCGCUUCCUCAGCAAGAAGAAAGUCUACUUACCGCUGGCGCUGGAAAAGUAGAUUCGGAUUCGGAAGAUAUGCCCCUCAGAGACAGAAAAUCACUGCAGAAGAGCCAGAAAAGACCGCGAAUGACGAAGGGAAAGGGUGACCGACCUUCAGACGAUGACUCGGACGAGGACCAAGCUCUUUUUCAUGUUCUAAAGAAGAAGGCUAAGAAGCUCAAGAUCAUGCCGUCUCGUAAGGAAUCGGCAUCCUCUGGCUAA